UGUAGUGGGUGUGGCCAGACGAUCAACGACCAAUACAUUUUGAGGGUGCACCCGGAUCUGGAGUGGCACGGUUCCUGUUUAAAGUGCGCCGAAUGCCAGCAACUUCUGCAAGAAAUGAACACGUGUUUUGUCAGGGGUGGGAGGAUUUUGUGCCGACAGGAUUAUUACAAGUUAUACGGGGUCAAAUGUCACGGGUGUCACCAGGGUUUCCACAGUAAUGACCUUGUGAUGAGGUCACUGGACCAGGCUUAUCACGUGACCUGUUUCAGGUGCGCCGAGUGCCGGAAGGUGUUGGUUCCGGGUGACGAAUACGGAGUGUGUGGGAGGAGCGGGAGGAUCCUCUGUAAGGCGGAUCACGAGAAAUUUGGGGGCCCACACCAUCAUUCCAUAAAACUCCCAUCGCCAACCACAUCGGCCACAACAAACCAUCUAAACCACCACCAGCAUCACCACACACUUGCUCAACACCAUCACCUUCACCACCACCACCACAACGGCAGCAGCAGCAACAGCAGCAGCAACACCAGCCACAAAACCACAAGAAUACGAACGGUCCUUAACGAGAAACAACUCCACACUUUGAGGACUUGCUACAAUGCUAAUCCCCGACCCGAUGCCCUGAUGAAGGAGCAGUUGGUGGAGAUGACAGGGCUCAGCCCCCGAGUCAUCCGGGUCUGGUUUCAAAACAAGAGGUGCAAGGAUAAGAAGAAAAACGUUAUCGUUAAGCAGGUCUGUUUCUGUGUUGUUGUUGAUGUUGUUGUUGUUGGUGGUGGUGUCGUUGUUGUUGUUGUUGUUGCUGAUGACGUAUAUGAGGCUGAUGAAGAUGUUGGUGAGGACGAUGGUGAUAACGCAUGUGACGUUUUUGUCGUUGUUGUUGUUUUGGGUGGGUGGUGGUGUCGUUAUUGUUGUUGUUGUUGCUGCUAUUGUUGUUGUUGUUGCUGCUAUUGUUGUUGUUGUUGA